AUGCUAGAUCCGUCUUCCAGCGAGGAGGAAGGGGAUGAGAUCCCGGAGGUAGAGCGCAAAGAGGCGGCUCCCCCAAAGAGCACCAAAGGAGCACGGCCGCCACCGAGCCGAGACACCGACGGUCACGGUGGUUCGGGGGGGCUUCAGCCACGGGGCCGAGCGAGCAGUGGCGGCCGAGCCUCGAGCCCCAGCCCAUCGGUGGGAAGCGACAAGGAGAAGGAGGAUAUUGAGAAGAUGCAGAGAGACGAAGAGGAGAGAAAAAAGAGACUCCAGCUGUAUGUGUUUGUGAUGCGUUGUAUCGCAUAUCCGUUUAACGCAAAGCAACCCACUGACAUGGCCAGAAGGCAACAGAAGAUCAGUAAGCAACAGCUGCAGACAGUAAAAGAGCGUUUUCAAGCCUUUCUCAAUGGAGAAACACAAAUUGUAGCAGAUGAGGCCUUCAUCAAUGCAGUUCAGAGUUACUAUGAGGUCUUCCUGAAAAGUGACCGAGUUUCUCGAAUGGUCCAGAGUGGGGGCUGCUCAGCCAGUGACUCUCGAGAAGUUUUUAAAAAGCAUAUUGAGAAGCGUGUGCGAAGCUUACCAGAAAUUGAUGGCUUGAGUAAAGAAACUGUGCUCAGUUCAUGGAUAGCCAAGUUUGACACCAUCUACCGUGGUGAAGAGGACCCUAGGAAGCAUCAACAGAGAAUGACUGCCAGUGCUGCCUCUGAACUGAUACUCAGCAAAGACCAGUUAUAUGAGAUGUUUCAACAAAUUUUAGGUAUCAAGAAGUUUGAGCACCAGCUCCUAUAUAAUGCCUGCCAGCUGGACAACCCAGAUGAACAGGCAGCCCAGAUCAGAAGAGAGUUGGAUGGACGAUUGCAAAUGGCAGACCAGAUCACCCGUGUAAGCAAACUAGGGUUCCCUCGGUUUUCCUCGAGGGAGAUGGAGGCUAUGUUCAUUGAAGAGCUACGGUCAUCAGUCAACCUGCUGAUGGCCAACCUGGAGAGCAUGCCAGUCUCGAAAGGUGGAGAAUUUAAAUUGCAGAAACUAAAGCGAGGUCACAACGCAUCUAUCAUGGACAUGGGGCAGGAGGAUGAGAAUACUCUUUCCAAAUCAGAUGUGGUGCUUUCGUUUACCUUGGAGGUGGUUAUCAUGGAAGUGCAGGGUCUUAAGUCGUUGGCUCCUAACAGAAUCGUGUACUGCACUAUGGAGGUAGAGGGUGGGCACAAACUGCAGACAGACCAGGCUGAGGCAUCUAAACCCACCUGGGGUACCCAAGGAGAUUUCACAACAACACAGCCCUUACCUGCUGUCAAAGUGAAGCUUUUUACUGAAAGCACCGGAGUGUUGGCCCUGGAAGACAAAGAGCUUGGAAGGGUUGUGCUCCAUCCAACUCCUAACAGUCCUAAGCAGUCUGAGCUGCAUAAAAUGUUAGUUUCCAAAGGCUGUCCAGACAAUGACCUUAAGAUCAGGUUGGCCAUUCGCAUGGAUAAACCCCAGAACAUGAAGCAUUGUGGGUACUUAUGGGCUAUUGGCAAAAAUGUAUGGAAAAGAUGGAAGAAACGAUUCUUUGUUCUAGUUCAGGUGAGUCAGUACACAUUUGCGAUGUGCAGCUACAGAGAAAAGAAAGCGGAACCGGUGGAACUACUUCAAUUGGAUGGCUAUACAGUGGACUACACCGACCCCCAGCCAGGUCUGGAUGGUGGUCGGACGUUCUUUAAUGCUGUGAAAGAAGGCGACACUGUCAUUUUUGCAAGUGAUGAUGAGCAGGACCGGAUUCUAUGGGUGCAGGCCAUGUAUCGCGCCACAGGCCAAUCCCACAAACCAAUCCCCCCCACGCAAGUACAGAAACUAAACUCUCGAGGGGGCACAGCGCCGCAGCUUGACGCACCAAUAUCGCAGUUCUAUGCUGAUCGAGCCCAGAAGCAUGGCAUGGAUGAGUUCAUUUCAGCCAAUCCUUGUAACUUUGAUCAUGCCUCCCUCUUUGAAUUGGUCCAGCGCCUCACUUUGGAUCACCGACUCAAUGACUCUUACUCCUGUCUGGGCUGGUUUAGCCCUGGUCAAGUAUUUGUCUUAGAUGAAUACUGCGCUCGCUACGGGGUUCGAGGCUGUCAUCGCCACUUGUGUUACCUGGGUGACCUACUGGAGAGGGCGGAGAAUGGAGCCAUGAUUGACCCAACCCUGUUACACUACAGCUAUGCUUUCUGUGCUUCCCAUGUCCAUGGAAAUAGACCAGAUGGAAUUGGUACUGUAACUGUGGAGGAAAAAGAGCGUUUUGAGGAGAUCAAAGAAAGGCUUCGAGUGCUAUUGGAAAACCAGAUUACUCAUUUCAGGUACUGCUUUCCAUUUGGACGACCAGAGGGUGCACUGAAAGCGACUCUAUCUUUGCUUGAAAGGGUUUUGAUGAAAGAUGUUGUCACCCAAGUUCCACAAGAGGAGGUAAAAUCUGUAAUUCGUAAGUGUCUGGAGCAAGCAGCUCUGGUCAAUUACCAGCGCCUGUCCGAGUAUGCUAAACUGGAAGGGAAAAAGAGAGAGAUGUAUGAGCAUCCAGUCUUCUGCUUGGCGUCUCAAGUGAUGGAUUUAACCAUUCAGAAUGUUGGCCGAUUAGUUACUCCUGCAAAAAAACUGGAGGACACCAUUCGCUUGGCGGAGCUUGUCAUUGAGGUACUACAGCAGAAUGAGGAGCAUCAUGCUGAGGUCAGUGUUAAUUUGUCAGGGACGCGGGCAGGCAGGCAGGCAUUUGCAUGGUGGUCAGACCUGAUGGUGGAGCACGCUGAGACCUUCCUGUGUCUCUACUCAACUGACAUGGAUGCAGCUCUUGAGGUGCAGCCCCCUGACAGCUGGGACAGUUUUCCGCUCUUUCAACUACUCAAUGACUUCCUGAGGAUGGACUAUAACCUUUGCAAUGGGAAGUUUCACAAACACCUGCAAGACCUGUAUGCCCCCCUGGUGGUGCGUUACGUGGACCUAAUGGAGUCCUCUAUUGCUCAAUCCAUUCAUAGAGGCUUUGAAAGGGAAUCUUGGGAACCUGUCAAGAGUAUAGCUAGUACUCUGCCAAAUGUCAGUCUUCAAAUGCCCAAAGUACCAAAUAUAACAGUGCCAAGUGUUAAAGUAGCACAAAUGCCCAGCUUUUCUCCGCCCAACUGGAUGACUUCAAAUGAUGAUUCAGACAAUGGCUCUGGGACAUCAGAAGAUCUCUUUUGGAAAUUGGAUGCUCUGCAAACUUUCAUCCGAGAUCUCCACUGGCCAGAAGAAGAGUUUGGCAAACAUCUAGAAACCAGACUGAAACUGAUGUCAAGUGAUAUGAUUGAAUCAUGUAUAAAAAGAACACGUGCAGCAUUUGAGGCCAAGCUUCAGCGGAGCAGCCGGGCAACAGACUUCCGAGUGCCGCAGUCUAUCUGUACCAUGUUUAACGUCAUGGUGGAUGCUAAGGUCCAAUCUGCCAAGCUGUGUGCAAUGGACCUGGAUCAAGAGAGACAAUACCAUUCCCAAAUUGACAACCUUAUUGAGGAAACAGUGAAGGAGAUGAUAACCCUGCUAGUAGCAAAGUUUGUGGUUAUUCUGGAGAGUGUCUUAGCAAAACUCUCCAGAUAUGAUGAAGGAACGCUCUUUUCUUCUUUUCUCUCUUUCACAGUGAAAGCUGCCUCAAAAUAUGUGGAUGUACCUAAGCCGGGAAUGGAUGUGGCAGACGGUUAUGUGACUUUUGUUCGACACUCCCAAGACAUGCUGCGGGAGAAAGUUAAUGAGGAAGUGUACGUCGAAAGAUUGUUUGACCAAUGGUACACCAGCACCAUGAACCUGGUCGGGACUUGGCUUACUGACCGCAUGGACCUGCAACUCCAUGUCUAUCAGUUGAAGAUUCUAAUCAGAAUUGUCAAGAAAAAGUACCGUGACUUCCGUCUUCAAGGGGUUCUUGACUCCACAUUAAACAGUAAGAUGUAUGAGACUGUCCGAAAUCGUCUGACCUUAGAAGAAGCCACUGCCUCGGUGAGGGAGGGAGGGAUGCAAGGCAUUUCCAUGAAGGACAGUGAUGAAGAGGGCAGUGAUAACUAA